UUUUUAUUCCAGAAAAGGAGCUACCCAAAUUCCUCCUUCAACUUACAACCCAAUCUAUUACCCAAAAAUCCAUCAAUUCGCCAUUUUCAAGUUUGCAACUAUUGUCAUCAAGUUGAUGCACUUGUGCAGUAUGUGUUAUGCCAACAAGCGUAUGUUCUUUUCUCAAAUUGUCAAUCUUCUUGUGGUAGCAACUCUCUUGAGUAGCUCUGUUAUUCAAGUAGAGUCUUUAAAUUUCAGCUAUGCAACCUUCACCAGGCAGAACGAGACAGAUUUCACCAUGACAGAUCAUUCAUACAUAGCUUUUGGUGCCCUUCAAGUGACAGGCGAUGCUCGUGGAGCUUCUAUCGCAAAUUUAGCUGGACGGAUAUUGUAUAAACAUCCGUUCCAGCUGAGGAAAAGGAAUAUCACAGCGUCCUUUAAUUCUACCUUUGUUGUUAAUAUUACUCCCCAGAACAACACAAUAUGGGGUGAAGGACUGGCUUUCAUACUGACAAACGAAAGAGGUUCUGUCCCAGAUAACAGUUCAGGGCAAUGGCUUGGUGUUGUGAACGCAAGCACAAAUGGGACUACAGGAGGCAACAUAUUCGCGAUUGAGUUUGACACGAAGAAGAGCUUCGAGGAGGAUAUCGAUGACAACCAUGUUGGUAUCGAUGUAAACAGCGUUUACUCCAUCGAGCAAGUUUCAUUGAAUGGCAUUGGUGUUAAUCUUUCGAGUGGUAUUGAUAUCCCCAUGAGGGUUCAGUAUGAUGGGGGACUAAAGACCUUGGCCAUAUAUGUAUUGAUGACCAACACUUCAGGAUACAACAUGAACAGUCCCAUAAUUUCGAGGCCUCUUGAUCUCUCUGAGCAUCUUUCAGAAGAUGUUUAUGUGGGAUUUUCAGCUUCCACUGGGGAAUAUACUCAGCUCAACUGUAUAAGGGCUUGGAAUUUCACUAGUACAGACAUUGAUGAUGAUGAUACAGCCAACCGCUUGUGGAUGUGGAUCUUAAUAUCAGCUGCUCUGAUUGCCUUUCUAGCUGGCCUUUUCUUUGUCCUGUGCUGGAGAAGGAAAAUGAAAGAGAAGCAAAUGCACAAGAAUUCGAAAGUGGAGCUACAGAUUCAGGGUUCAGCAUCUGCUCCACAGAAAUUCCGGCUGAAAGACGUUAAACACGCCACCGCAAAUUUCCACCCUCAGAACAUGCUCGGGAGAGGAGGAUGUGGGAUAGUCUACAAAGGACUAUUAAGCAAAAAAGAGGUAGCUGUGAAAAGAUUCUCAAAGGAUUCAAACCAAGGGGUGCAAGAUUUCAUAGCAGAAAUCACUACAAUUGGCAACUUCCAUCACAGAAACCUUGUCAAAUUAGUUGGAUGGUGUUAUGAAAAGAAUGAACUCGCUUUGGUAUACGAGUUAAUGCCAAAUGGAAGCCUAGACAAUCACCUAUUUCACGAUGAGUCUCGAGACAUGGGAGGUUCUAGUUCUACACUGAGUUGGGAAAGAAGGCAUAUAAUCAUUUGUGGUGUGGCAACAGCACUGGAUUAUCUUCACAAUGGGUGUGAAAAAAGGGUGCUUCACCGGGACGUUAAAUCCAGCAAUAUAAUGCUGGAUUCCGAGUUCAAUGCCAGGUUGGGAGAUUUUGGACUGGCUAGAACCAUUCAAUUGGGGGGAGAAACUCAUCACUCAACGAAAGAGAUUGCUGGAACGCCCGCAUAUAUGGCUCCAGAGAGUUUUCAUGUAGAAAGGGCAACUGUCGAAACAGAUGUUUAUGCAUUUGGUGUUCUACUACUUGAAGUUGCCUGUGGAAGAAAGCCUGGAAAUCACAGAAUCAUUGAUUGGGUGUGGGAACUAUACCAGAUGGGGAAGAUAAUCGAAGCCAUGGAUAGCUGGUUGAAUGGAGAUUUCAACGAGGAGCAAGCAGAGUGUGUGCUCAGGUUGGGAUUAGCAUGUUGCCAUCCGAACCCGUAUCAAAGGCCCUCCAUGAGGACUGCUUUGCAGGUUCUUACUGGAGAAGCAGCUCCACCACCCAUCCCUAGUGAGAAACCUGCUUUUACAUGGCCAGCUAUGGCUCCAUCAGCUGCAGAAAUUUGGAUUACACUCUUGGAGGAAACCAACUCAGACCAAUAACAAUUUUCAAUACGGAAACAUUCUCUUUGCAUGCGAUUGCACACAUCUAAUUCCAUUCAAACCCCGCAAUGGUCGAAACCUCUUACAUUGGCAAAAUGUAGUAUGAGCCAAAAGUGAAAUUUGCACUAUAUUGUUGUUACAUUUGUAGAUUAUGUAGUUCUUUCAUUAUAUUUUCAAACAUGUAUAUUGUUAC